AUGGAUUCUGAUCCUCUGUCAUUUUCUGAUGCCGUAAAAGAACCAAAAUGGCAGAAAGCCAUGGAUGAGGAAAUCAAAUCUAUUGAGAAGAACAAUACUUGGGAGUUGAUAGAGCUUCCACAAGGGCACAAGACGAUUGGUGUCAAAUGGGUCUAUAAGACAAAGUUGAAUGAGAAGGGUGAGAUUCAUAAGCACAAAGCACGCUUGGUGGCGAAAGGUUACAAGCAAGAGUACGGCAUUGACUACACAGAACUGGAUGUGAAGUUUGCAUUUUUACAUGGUGAGUUGCAAGAACAAGUUUAUGUUGAGCAGCCAACAGGCUAUGUUCAGCCAGGGAAGGAAAAACAAGUUUACAGGCUUAAAAAAGCUUUAUAUGGGCUGAAGCAAGCUCCUAGAGCCUGGUACAGCCGCAUAGAGGCAUAUUUUGCAAGAGAAUGA